AUGGCCGAGCAGCAGGCGAUCCCGUGGGCUCUGGUGGUCGCGGCCACGACCGCUGCAGUCGCGGUUGCAGCGCUCAACGCGAGUCUUCGAGGCGUGUGUCGGUCUCCGUUGGAAGCGGUGUCUUUGACAGCGAGGAUCGCCGCAGCCGUCGCGUGGACUUUCGUCCGCUACGUGGCGCGAGGCUUCCGGCCCGAGUUCCCCAAGUGGACGCUGCGCUUCGAGCUGUUGCGCGCGGCGAUUCGGACUGUAAACGAGUUGUACGGCGAUCGGAUGGUGCAGGACGCUCAACAUGCUCGCGUGAUCCGAGCUCAGAGCGAAGCUGUGGGCUCGAUACUGGGCUGGUUUUACUGUCGAUGGUACUGCAAGGGAAUGGAGCCCGUGAACUUCAAUGGCUUGGAACACCUCUGGCUACGACCGAAAGACCCCAAGAAGACUGAAGCUAAGCGCCUGGUGGUGAUGUACGAGCACGGUGGCGCGUUCUCCCUUUUGAGUCCGAGAUUCUACAGCUUCUUCUGUGCAUCUCUUGCCGCAUCAAUCGAGAGGGAGCUUGGAAGGCGAGGCAGCAGCGCGCAGGUCGAAAUCUUCCUUGCCAACUACCACAAGACGCCGGAAUUUUGCUUCCCGACCCAACCGAAGGAGAUCAUCGCAGCGUACAAGCACCUGCUUGACCACGAAGGCUUAAGCCCCAACCAAAUCAUCCUCGCGGGCGACAGCGCCGGUGGAGGACUCGUCAUGUCGACGCUGCUUCGCUUACGGGACGAUAAACCGAACCGUUUGCCGUUGGCUGCUAUCGUGUGCAGCCCGUUCGUCGACAUGAGCGAAAGCAUCGACCCGGCCAGCGCUCGGAGCUGCAUCCUUACGCGCAGCAUCGCCAAAGCUGCGCGCCUUGUGUAUCACCCAACGUGCUCAGAUCGUUCGACGUGGGCUGGCGCCUCAGCGGUCCACUGCAACUUGAGCGGCCUCCCACCCGUGUUCAUCCAGGCAGCUACGCUCGACUAUCUGUACCAAGACUCAGUUCGGCUAGCGGAGAAAGCCAAGGCCGAUGGAGUGGAAGAUUGGGAACUCGAUGUGAACGAGGGGGUUUCUCACGUUUUCUCCUUGUUCCCGUCGUGGGUGUUGCCCUACGGACAGGUCGGCGUGGAAAAGAUGGCAGCCUUCGCAGCAAAACAAUUCAUUAAGAGUUGA